AUGGCCGUUGAUGCGCGACUUUCGGAGCAGCUGCUGACUGCUUCGAGUAAGGGGCUGGUGGGCUUAGUGCCACUACUUCUGCAAAAGGGUGCGUCGGUCAACUGGACUCGAUCUGAUGGAUGGACACCUUUGAUGUCUGCCUGUGGCGGUGGACACCUUGCCGUAGCACAGCUUCUCCUCGAUGCGGGUGCUUCUGUGGAUGCAGCAGCCGAUGACGGCUUCACAGCUCUUAUGGAGGCCUGCACUGGUGGCCAUGUUGACCUCGUCGCACUUCUCUUGGAGCACGGGGCCAGCAUCGCGCAUGCAACACCCAGUGGCCGCACGGCAGUGAUCAUGGCCAGCCUGUAUGGGCACACAGAAGUCGUUGGACAGCUAUUGUCCAAGGGUGCCGACCCAAAGCCGAACAAGUUCACGGCCCUGCACGCGGCCUCCGGAAACGGCCAGGCGGGUGUGGUGGAGCUUCUCCUGCGUGGCACCGAGCUCGCGGAGUCCGAGGAGACGUCGGAGGCGCUGAUCUCGGCUUGCGCCAACGGGCACGCAGGAGUGGCUCAACUGCUGCUGGAAUUCGGAGUUUCUCCCUGUGUUUCAGCAUCGGAUGGUACCACUGCCCUCAUGAAGGCAUGCAUGGGAAGCCACAGAGAGGUGGCUGCCGAGCUCAUCCUUCGCGGGGCCAAUGUGGAGGAGGCCUUGAACUCGGCACGACGCCGCAAGAUGCCUGGCGUCACGCGCGUGCUGCAGCGCGCCGUGGAAGAGGCCCAAGCAAUGCGAGGGCCGCGGCCAGAACAGCGCGACCUCGAGAAGCUCGUGAGGAAAAUCGAGGGGCCGCCGAAGGCGCUGAAGCGCUCCCGGCACCUCUCCACAGGCACGGCCUCCACCUCCACCGCCGUCGCCGAGCCCUCGGAGACUCAGACGACGGCCGCUGCAGAGCACCUGGACUCGUCACCGAGGAGGCAGCCCGAAAGCCCCUUUGGGACCUUGGAACUGGGAGAGACACGCUUUUCGCGUGCUUUUGCAGGAGAUGAUCACGGUGAUCAGGCUGAGACCAGUUGCUCAGACAGGGAGGUGGCGUUGGAGGACGAUGUGGAAGAAGAAGGUGAGCACUUUGGGCAGCUCGGUGCGUCUGGUGGACUAUCGGGCAAGGAGCAGGAGAACAGGCCGACUGACAGACCUUUCGUGCUACCCUGGAGAGCAGUGCUUGAGAGAACGGCUGCAAAGUUUCCAGAGCACACAGACUCCCGUCUAGCCUCUGAGGGCCAGUCAGUGCGGCACAUGCUGGCAUACUGCCGCUCUGCCUUCUACACCAUCGAAGUACUGGGGGAGGUGGAGCCGUCAUCGCCAGUGUCUUGGGCUUCAGGUGCACUGUCCAGAUUCGCGAGAUGGCAAGCGAACCAUGUUGAACGCAAGUCGUGCUGCUGGACUCCGCGAUGCCAGGUGCUUGAGCUGCGAGCGAGUCAGCUGUUUUUGUCUCUCUUCUGUAGAUACUUUCCAUGUGCCUUCACCCAUGGGAGUGCUGAAUUGCUCGAAGCUCUGGGUGUAUGGCUUUCCCCCGCGGAGGUGCCGCUUUGUCACAACGAGCGCACAUCCUAA